AUGGUUGUGGAUCCAUUGAAUCGGUUGACGUGUAUGUAUGGAAGACUGUUAUUAUUUAAGAUUGAAUCGCAUUGGGAUUGGAAUAAAUGGUACGAUUCUUCAUGUCUUAUAAAUAAUCCAUUUUAUGAGACAAAGCGCUUACGAGAACGCGAUUGCCAUUUAUGUGAAGACAUCACUAGAAUUGAAAGAAAUUCUGAUCUUAAGAGUGGAAUAAUUGGUGAAAAUUUCAUACGAAAUGAAAUUCCACUCAUUGUUGGCUCAGAUCAGAUGGAAAGUGAGAUCGACAAAUGGCCGAUCGCUGGACACCAAUAUAUGACGAAAAUGAUUGGAAAAAUAAAAGCAAAUGAGGAGAUAUUACAUAAGACCAGAAAUACUGCCUUCAAUGCUGGAGAUGACAAAAUCUAA